AUAGUAGACAAACUAGCACUAUUAAGAGUACCAGAACUAUUAAGUACCAGCACCAAUAAGUACAGAACCUACACCUGCGCAGCAGUAUCAGGUACAGGACAUCGUUGAGAAAUGAUGAUUGAGUGGGCUAUUCACCAAAUGCCACUGAAGAUAUGGCUGACACAACAGCAGGAGAGAUAAACUCAAUGAACGGUUCAAACGUGACAAAUGAACCGAAUGAUCCCUGCUUCAACCUUGAUGAAAAAUUGAUGAAAUAUUAUCUUCCAGUAAUGUACAGUUUUAUUUUUUUCAUUGGCUUGAUUGGGAAUAUUAUCGCAAUAACAGUUUAUAUCUUUAAAAUAAGACCCUGGAAGAGCAAUACCGUCAUCAAUUGCAAUCUGAUUUUGACAGAUCUUCUCUAUGUAUCAUCGCUUCCCUUCAUCAUCUACUCUUACAUCAAUUCAAAUUCCUGGAAACUAGGAGAGUUUAUGUGCAAGUUUACCCGACUUAUCUUUUACUUGAAUCUUUAUGGAAGCAUCAUGUUUCUGAUGUGUUUAAGUAUAUUCAGAUUUCUUGUCAUCAUUUAUCCAUUGCGUGCAUAUGAAGUGCAGAAAAAGCCCUGGGCAUUUCUAGCUUGUUGCUUGGUGUGGUUGAUUACAAUUGCCGAAGUUCUUCCUAUGAUAACCUUCAUUACUUUGGAGUCAAAGAGUAACACUUUCACUUGUCUUGACUUUGGAAGCUCCCCCAAUCCCGAGCAGCUUUUGGUGUACUCUUGGAUUUUGACUGUUUUGGGGUAUCUCAUACCACUGCUUAUUAUAUUUAUAUGUUCACUGAAAAUAGUCUACACCCUGAAGAAGGGUCCUUAUGUGAACCUUGCAAGUAAACUGAGAGCUCGUCGUCUCAUUAUUGUUAUCUUGAUCGUCUUCACCAUUUGCUUCCUUCCUCUUCAUCUUUUCAGACUCCUUCGAUUGUACUUCAGGCUGCCGAAUGUGACUGAGACAUGUUUGACUCAUACGGUCAAUGCUAUAUAUAUCAUAACAAGACCCAUCGCUGCAUUGCAUACCUUCUGCAACUUAGCUUUGUAUAUUAUUGAUGAUAAUUUUAAGCAAGCGUUGAUCUCUUUGUUUACAUGCAAAUCACAAUCAGAGACCAGGAACUCAAGGGAGCAUUUGCACAAAUAAGGAAACAUGAGAUCAGGAUUCAUGAGCCUGAGAAGUGCCUGUAACAAGCCAUAAAAUUCAUGUUACAAAGCCCUAAGCAGAUGAAGAAGAAUAACAUUAUUGCACAGGGUUUCCCUACUUUGUUUGGCAGGAAGGAUUUUUUUUGGGUCAGGAAGGAAGAGAUAAUAAUA